AAUUCGAAAAUAAAAAUAGAAAAAAGAAGAAGAACAAACAAAUUAACAGAAGUCAUACUCUAAUUUCGCCAUUUUUGUGUGUCCCCAAAGACGCAAAAAAAAAGUAAAAACUAAAAAGGUUGAUAAAAACAAAAAUCAACAAUGGCGAAUAUAAUUGGUCUCCUGAAAAUGAGAGUGAUAAAAGGCAGCAAUCUUGUAAUCAAGGAUUCAACCAGCAGCGAUCCUUAUGUUAUCAUCACUAUGGGCGCACAGAAACUGAAGACACGACAUGUCAAAAAUGACUGUAAUCCUGCAUGGAAUGACGAACUGACUCUUGCAAUUACUGAUGUUGAUGUUCCCAUUAACUUAACAGUGCAUGACAAAGACACAUUUACAAGUGACGACCAAAUGGGUGAAGCUGAGAUAGAUAUAAAAGCAUAUGUAGAAUGUCUGAGGACGACAUUAAGUGGUCUCCCAGACGGCACUGUUGUUGAUAAGAUCUUUCCAAGCAGGGAAAAUUCCUUAGCAGACGUGAGCCAUAUAACUUGGAAGGAUGGGAAAUUAGUGCAGGACAUGGUUCUCAGGCUUAAAAAUGUGGCAACUGGUGAGGUAGAACUACAAAUUGAGUGGGUAAAUGUUCCAGAUUCUUUAGUUCUAGUAUCUUAGAACUACAAAUUGAGACGAUGAUACGGUUUGGUUUUGACUUUUGAGUGUCCAGUUUGUAAUUAGUUUGGGGUUCUUUCUUUUGUGGAAUGGAACCUGUGGUUAGUGUAAGCUGAAUAAUUUCAAACUCA